AUGAAAUCAAAUGCAGAACAUUACUUAAAUCAUGAAAUCAAUUUCAAAGAAGCUACAGAUGGUAUUGUUAAAAAUAUACAUAUUUAUGUGCCAUUAACAACUGCUAAACUCAUAUGUGAUACUAUCGUUCUAAGCACGAUAAGUAAAUGGAUUUAUGAUGUACUUAUUCACGUAAGAUAUAUAUUUAAAGGUCUUAUUAAUUAUGGACUUGAAGCUUUUAAAAAUGCUAUAAAAUUAUCAUUAAAUCAUAUUUUUACAUCACUUCGAAGUUGUUCAAUUGGUCUUAUUUUAAAACUUAUGAAAUAUUGGUUAGAAUGUAUGGGUAUUAUAGGUGCAGUAGCUGAAUCUAAUAAUAUUAAUUUUGUUAAAUAUAUGAAUAAAUGUUAUUCAGAUGAAAUUUAUAUAAAUAAUAUAUCUUCAUUGAAUAAUGAACAUUAUUUGGAAUGGAAACGUGUAAAAGAUCCGGAUUUUAUUCGAAUUAUUACAGUUUCAUUAGAAGAUAUAUUUCAUGGAAAAGUAUGUAAUGUAAUUGUUCAACGAAAAAUUCGUGACAUUAAUAAACAAAUACCAGAAAUUGAAGAAGCAAGAUAUCAAGUUAUUAUUGAACCUGGUUGUAUUGAUGGAAAAAACAUUUCGUUUUAUUGA